UGGUCUAUUUAUCGUUUCCUAGAAUCAACUCAACUUCUCGUCGCUUGAAAAAAAAUAGAAAAAAACUCAACUUCUCCUCACAAAACAAAGAAUCCAUUAGCCAUGUCUUCACCUCUCUCUGCCAAUGUUGAUGCUGUCCCUUCGCCGGAAAAGCUUCUAUUGAGAGAAAUCCCCGGUGACUACGGCUGGCCCCUUUUCGGGGUGCUCAGGGACCGGAGUGACUAUUAUUACAAGCAAGGCGCGGAUGAAUUCUUCAGGAGUCGAGUGGAAAAAUACAAGUCCACAGUCUUCAGAUGCAAUAUGCCUCCUGGCCCCUUCAUGGCUCAUAAUUCUAAGGUUGUCACAGUCCUGGACGCUGUUAGCUUUCCAAUCCUCUUCGACAAUUCCAGAGUAGAGAAGAAAGACGUUCUUGAUGGCACCUACAUGCCCUCCACCACCUUCACCGGUGGCUAUCGUGCAUGUGCCUAUCUGGACACUGAUGAGCCUUCCCACGCCGAGAUCAAAGGCCUUUUCCUAUCCCAACUCGCGAAAUUACAUAACCGGUUCAUCCCAAUCUUCCAGAGCUCGCUUUCGGAGCUCUUUGUUAAGCUGGAUGAUGAUAUGUCCAAGGACGGAAAAGCAAAUUUCAACGACCUCAGCGAUCAAGCUUCAUUUGACUUCGUCUUUCGUUUGCUCUGCGAUAAUAAGAGCCCUGCUGAUCCUGAUACGAAAAUUGGGUCCGAUGGACCAACAAGUUUUGAUAAGUGGCUAUUCUUCCAGUUGGCGCCGUUGGUAUCUCUUGGGAACAAGUUCAUACCGCAUUUUCUCGAAGAUUUACUGUUUCACACAUUCGGGCUGCCAUUUUUUCUAGUAAAAUCAGGCUAUCAGAAGCUUUAUGACGCAUUUUACAAGUACGGCAGCACAAUAUUGGAUGAAGCUGUGAAGAGAGGGAUCAAAAGAGAUGAAGCUUGCCAUAACUUGGUUUUUCUUGCAGGGUUCAACGCUUAUGGCGGCAUGAAGAUCCUAUUUCCAGCUCUGAUCAAGUGGGUUGGAGCUGCAGGAGAGAAAUUGCAUCGUCGGCUUGCUGAAGAAAUCAGGACCAUUGUUAAGGAAGAAGGCGGGGUCACUUUAUCUGGAUUGAAUAGAAUGAGCCUGGUUAAGUCAGUGGCAUAUGAAGCAUUGAGGAUCGAACCUGCCGUACCCUUCCAAUAUGGCAAGGCCAGGGAGGAUAUCGUGAUCAAUAGCCACGAUUCGGCGUUCUUGAUCAAGAAGGGUGAAAUGAUUUUUGGGUAUCAGCCAUUUGCGACCAAAGAUCCUAAGAUAUUUGCCAAUGCUGAAGAAUUUGUCGGGGAUAGGUUCGUCGGUGAAGGCGAGAAAUUGCUUGAGUACGUUUGUUGGUCUAAUGGAAGAGAGACGGAUAAUCCAUCAAAGAAUAAUAAGCAAUGCCCGGCGAAAGAUUUGGUGGUGCUCUUGUCCAGGCUGAUGUUAGUGGAAUUCUUUCUCAAGUACGAUACUUUUACGGUUGACGCUGCCACGGUUUUGUUGGGUCCAUUGGUGACCGUCACGUCACUAACCACGGCCUCUUCGUAAUCAUGUGACGGUUCAAAGAAACCUGGGAUCAACUAGUUCUUUAAUAAUUAAAAUUGGGUGGUUCAUCUUCAUCAAGUGUUACUGCUAAAUAUUUUGGGUCACGGGGAUCUAUAAACUUGUGCGUGUAUGUGUGUGUAUACAUAUAUUUUGGGUUUGUGUCUUUUGCUUGGUAGCAUUACUCCUAAUAGAC